AUGAAGCUUUUGCCAUUUGUAGCGCUCAUAGCGCUAUGCGCAGUCGCAGCCGACGCAGGUGAGUCCUCAGCGGAGCCCAGUCGCAGGAUGCGCCUGAUCUUCUGAUUUGACAUCUUUACAGCCCGCUCGCAGCUGCUGCGCAUUCACGAGGUUACGCAGCGGCAAUAUAAUGAGCUGUUGAAGCUGACCAGAGGCCAGCCGCAGGUGUCGGAGUCACGACUGCUGCGCAGCUCGCUCAGCGACUUGGCCAGCAGCUAUAUUCCCUCGUUUUUCCUUGAGACCGAUAACAAGGGCUCCUCCUCCAAGGGCUAUCCCUUGUGCGUUGUCUCCCCAAAGGACACGGACGACUAUCACGGACGACAUGCCUCCUGGAAUUUAGGCGGCAUUCUCAAUGAUGGUGAUCACGAUGGCCAUGGCGGAGGUCAUGGCGGAGGUCAUGGCGGAGGUCAUGGCGGAGGUCAUGGCGGAGGUCAUGGCGGAGGUCAUGGCGGAGGUCAUGGCGGAGGUCAUGGCGGAGGUCAUGGCGGAGGUCAUGGCGGAGGUCAUGGCGGAGAUCAUGGCGGAGAUCAUGACGGAGGUCAUGGUGGAGGUAACGGCGGAGGCCAUAGUGACAAGGAUAGGGAUCGUCCAAUUGUCAACUGUAUUGUAGUGGUCAGAUCAGGAAAUAAUGGAAAUAAUCCCGGUACCAAUCCGGGUCCCGGUACCAAUCCUGGUCCCGGUACCAAUCCGGGUCCCGGUACCAAUCCUGGUCCCGGUACCAAUCCUGGUCCCGGUACCAAUCCUGGUCCCGGUACCAAUCCUGGUCCCGGUAUCCCUCCCGGUCCCCCUUUUCCUCCUCCCUUUCCCUAUCCCGGUAUCAAUCCAUGGUAUCUGUGGAACUGGUAUAAUUAUUGGUAUGGACGUAUCCCACCACCUGCCCAACCACCUAUACCACAGCCACCAACUUGUAAUCCGGAAGUGGAAACGUGCGCCUAA